CAGUGCCUCGACAUUCUUGCCGACGAUGCAUCCGAGAGCACAAUCUCGGACGUGCGCGAUACGGCCGCGAGCUCACCGGACGACGACGACGACGACGACGACGACGACGACGACAGCACGCCACGACGACCGGUACUGCUACGACGACCGGUACUGCUACGGCGCGACUCGUCGCUACCUACCCAACGACGACGACACGGCCCAUUGGACCCAAGCGAUCGACGCCGACGGCAACGUCUACUACUUCAAUGCAAUGACGCGCGAGACGACGUGGGACCCGCCGCGCGGGUGGCAGCCGCCGACGUGGGAGACGUGCGUCGACGCCAACGGCACCCUCUACUAUUACAACCGCGCGACCAACGAGUCGGUGUGGGAGCUUCCUCAGACCCCAGCUCUGUAGGAUUGCAUACUUACCAACCCUCGAGUAUCGAGUGAG